GCGCGGGUCCGUUGCAACGCAAUUUCUGGACUGACAAAACGGAGAUAAAUGAGGGACAACUGAUCAUUUUCUCUGAAUGAAAGAACGCCAGGAUGUCAGCAGAAAUGUUUCCUAAGGAGAAGACCAUCGAUCUUCGGAAAAAGCACAUUGGUCCAUCAUGUAAGGUGUUCUUCAGCCAUGAUCCCAUCAAGAUUGUGCGGGCCAAAGGCCAGUACAUGUAUGACGAGAAUGGUGUGCGAUACUUGGACUGCAUCAACAACGUUGCACACGUGGGUCACAGUCACCCAAUGGUGGUGAAGGCUGGGGCUGAACAGAUGGAACUACUGAAUACUAACUCACGCUUCCUGCAUGAUAACCUUGUCCAGUACGCCCAGAGGCUGCAGGCUACUCUACCUGAAAAGCUCUCUGUUUGCUACUUUGUCAACUCAGGCUCUGAAGCCAACGACCUGGCACUCAGACUGGCCUGGGAGUACACAGGCCACAAAGACGUCAUAACGUUGGACAAUGCCUAUCACGGCCACGUGUCAUCGCUCAUUAACAUCAGCCCUUAUAAAUUUCACCAGCUGGCCAAUGCAGAGCAGAGCAAAUCUGUUCACGUGGCUCUGAGCCCUGACCUCUACAGAGGCAACUAUAGACAAGACCAUCCAGACCCCGCCACAGCAUAUGCAGAUGACGUCAACAAUCUUAUACAGAAAGCCCAUGAGAAAGGACACAAGGUUGCUGCUUUUAUUGCAGAGUCGCUGCAGAGUUGUGGUGGGCAAGUCAUUCCCCCUGCAGGCUACUUCCAGAAAGUGGCACAACAUGUUCACCAGGCUGGUGGCCUAUUCAUCGCUGACGAGGUGCAGGUGGGAUUUGGCCGUGUUGGCACCCACUUCUGGGCCUUCCAGCUACAGGGAGAAGACUUUGUGCCUGACAUUGUCACCAUGGGCAAACCCAUCGGCAACGGGCACCCCAUGUCAUGUGUGGUCACCACAAGAGAGGUAGCAGAGGCCUUCAAGAACUCUGGCAUGGAGUACUUCAACACGUUUGGCGGUAACCCUGUGUCCUGUGCCAUCGGCCUUGCUGUCCUGGACGUGAUUGAGAAAGAGGAUCUCCAAGGCAACGCGCUGCGAGUGGGGGGCUACCUGAUGCGACUGCUGGAGCAGCAGAAAGAGAAGCAUCCACUAGUGGGGGAUAUCAGGGGUCGUGGCCUGUUUGUUGGGGCGGAGCUUGUGAGAGAUCGGGUGAAACUGACCCCUGCUACAGCGGAAGCUCAGGACAUCAUUUACAAACUGAAGGAACAACACAUCCUACUAAGUGCAGAUGGUCCUCAUCGCAAUGUCCUCAAGUUCAAACCACCCAUGUGCUUCUCUGAGGAGGACGCCGACAUGGUCGUGGAAAAGAUUGACCAGAUUCUCACAGACAUUGAGAAGGCGUUGGGGUUACAAAUGCCCUCCACAGUACAUACAGAGAAUGGAAGCAAUAAGAGAAAUGUUCAACCUGAGGAAAACGGAUGUCAUCAUUCAAAUGGAAUAGGCCAUAGCCGUGAUACGUCUCAACAGCAUGCCUCUCAGCAAAACAAAAGGCUGAGGCCUUAAUGGACUUGUGGAGUUUUGCUACUGUCUUAUAAGACCUGCCCUGCACACUUACAUGUUUCAAUGGAUAAAG